AACAAAUCAUCCAUCAUUUUCACUCUUAAUUUUCAAACACCAAAAAAAAACACAAUGCAGAUCCAGAAUCUCUGUCUUCUUGCUCUUUUCAUAGCUAUAUUCACCUCUCACACCACAUCCGCAGCUAGAUUCAACUUUGAGCACUUUGAUGGCUCGAAUCUCGUCUUCCUAGGAGACGCAGAGCUCGGCUCCACUGCUGAUGGCUCCAGCCUCUCCGGAGCUCUCUCAAUGACACGUGACAGCCCCCCAUUCUCUCACGGCCAAGGUUUAUACACUGGUGAGAUCCCUUUCAAGCUCUCGAACUCUUCUUCUACUACUUACUCUUUCAAAACCUCCUUCACUUUCUCUAUUUCUCCUCGCCGGAAAUCAAACCCUAGUCCCGGCCAUGGCCUCGCCUUCAUCGUGGUCCCUUCCAUUGACAACGACGGUGCUGCCGGAAAAGGCUUCCUCGGUCUUUUAAACCGAACCAAUAACGGAAACCCUAAUAACCACGUUUUUGCUGUCGAGUUUGAUGUUUUCCAAGACAAAGAUCUUGGAGACAUUAAUGAUAACCACGUCGGUAUUGACAUUAAUUCAGUUAAGUCCACGGUUUCCGAGAAAGCCGGUUUUUGGGUCCAGACAAGAACCGGGGAAGGAAAGAAAGUGUGGGAGUUUAAAAAACUGAAACUGAGUAGUGGUGAUAAAUACAAAUCUUGGGUUGAGUAUGAUAACGUCACUAAACUAGUCACAGUUACCAUCGCGCCUGCGUAUCUUAGUAAACCGAAGAAGCCGUUGAUCGAAACUCAAAUCGACCUCUCCAAGGUUUUCCUCGGUAAUAUGUUCACAGGUUUUGCCGGUUCAAUGGGCCGUGAAGUCGAGCGUCACGAUAUAUGGACAUGGAGGUUCGAGAACAACGCCCCUAAAGAAACUAAACCGGUCCAGUCCGGUUAGGACGCGUUUAUUGUCGUUUUAAUUUCUGUUUCUUGUGUUUGUUCGUGUGUUUCUUGUGUUACCGCUUUUAUCUUUGGAGUUGUAAGCUUUUAAUCAAAUUGAAUAAAAACCAGUUGGUUUCGUUGUGAC